AUGACUGGCAGGGGCCAUGAGCUAGUGGACCUGAUGGAGAGGCGAAAGGUAAAGGCAAUGUGCCUGCAGGAGACGAAGUGGAAAGGAAGCAAGGCUAGAGAACUGGGAGAUGGCUUCAAACUGUUCUAUGUCGGAGAGGACGGAAGGAGUUGGGUUGGCUUUGUCCUGGACUACGAACUCAGGAGACCUUCAGAUCGAAUCAUCUGGCUAAAGGUGGAGAUAGGGGAAAUCAUAGUUAAUAUCAUGAGCGCAUACGCCCCACAGCAAGGUUGCACAGAUGAAGAAAAGGAGAAGUUUUGGGAGGAGCUGGACGAGGAGGUAAGAAAAGUACCAGCUGAAGAGAAAUUCUGGGUUGGCGGAGACUUCAAUGGACACGUUGGCAGUGACAACACAGGCAGAGAAGAAACAGUUGGCAGAUAUUGUUACUGUGACAAAAAUUAUGGUGGCGAAGAGCUUGUGGCAUUCGCGAUAAGACACCUGUGGAUUGUGAACACAUUCUACAAGAAAGCCCCAAGACACAAAAUCACCUACCAAACAAAGAGAGCAGUGGCAGUGGCGAAAGCAAGAGCGUAUGAGCGGCUAUAUGAAGACCUGGAUACUGCAGAGGGCAUGGAAAAGGUAUUGAGGAUGGCGAAGCAGAAGGAUAAGAACUCGAAGGAUAUCUAUCAGAUGAAACUGAUAAACAGUGAGGAAGGAUAUGUGCUGACGAAAGAUGAAGAGAUCCUGGAAAGGUGGCGGACAUCCUUCAUGAGACUCAUGAACGAAGAAAAUCCAAGGGAAGUGCAAGAUGGGGAGCAAGCUGAGAACUGGAAAGAGGUAGAAGCCAUCACGGAAGACAAGGUGAAGAGAGCGCUCAAGAAGAUGUAA